CUCUCAAGUUUCUACAUUCUCAAAACUUCACUGCAAAACAUACACCAAAGCAACAAAGAAGUACAAAGCUGAAGCGAAAAUCAAUGGCGGAAUCCUCGCCGUCGCCGUCGCUGGCACCGUCGACGUUGUUAUCAGCUAUGGCGGCUAUCUCCGACAAGGAAAGAGAAGAAAGGUUGGAGAGAAUGCUUACUAACUUAGCUUUCUGCGACGAUUCCAAGCUCGAAAGCUUACUCGCCAGGCUUCUUCCUUGCGCUCUCGCUUGUCUUACCUCUCAAUCCACUGCAAUUCGAAACAAGGUACUUGAAAUACUGAGUCAUGUAAAUAAGCGAGUAAAACAUGAGGCAGGAAUUGGAUUGCCAUUGUCCGAAUUGUGGAGUAUGUAUACAGAAGCAAGCACUGCUCCAAUGGUCCGGAACUUUUGCAUCAUCUACAUUGAGAUGGCAUUUGAUCGCUCAGAGAUAGAGGUUCAGAAAAGUAUGGCUCCCAGUCUUUUGGUGAACAUCUCAAAGCUUCCUCCUCAACAUCAAGCAAUAAUAUUGAGAAUAGCUGUAAAGGUCAUUGGUGAAGCCCAUUCUGCUAAAAUUGAUGAAGACUUUGCUGCAAAAUAUAAGAUGAUGAGGGGUUCUCAGGACUCUGAAAUGUUUGUUGAAUUUUGCUUCCAUACUGUCUUGUACCAACCUUCAUCCGCAAGUGGCGGAUGUCCAGCUGGUCUUUCUAUAUCUCAGGCAGAACGCGUCACUGCGAAGCAACCACUAAAGAAUGAGAUUCUUUUGAGUAGGAAGUUGGGGAUAUUGAAUGUCAUUGAAUCCAUGGACCUUCCGGCAGAUAUUGUUUACCCGAUAUAUCUAGCUGCCGCUGCAGAUAGUCAAGAGCCUGUUGCCAAGAUAGGGGAGGGACUCUUGAAGAAGAAGGGUUCGGUUGCUGAUUUAGAUAAUCCAACUCUUGUCAGAAAGUUGUUUUUACUAUUCAAUGGUAAUGCUGCUGCGGAAACUAUUGCUCCAGAGAACAAAGUCGUACCUGCAUUUUAUCCUUUGAAGGCUAGGCUGAUGUCUGUGUUCUGUCGGUCCAUUUCUGCUGCAAAUAGUUUUCCUUCGACUUUGCAGUGCAUUUUUGCCUGUAUUUAUGGAAAUGACACUACACCAAGACUAAAGCAGUCAGGAAUGGAAUUUGCGUUCUGGGUUCUUAAACAUGCAAGAAUGGAUCAACUUAAGCUUAUGGGCCCACUCAUUUUGACUGGAAUUCUGAAGUCUCUUGAUGGGAAUAACAAUCGGGAAGCAGAUACUAUAUCUCGGGAGACCAGGACAUUUGCUUAUCAAGCAAUUGGAAUGCUUGCUCAGCGUAUGCCUACGCUUUUCAGGGAUAAGAUAGACAUGGCUGUUCGUCUUUUUGAUGCUUUGAAGUCCGAGUCUCAGUUUCUCCGAUUAGUUAUUCAAGAGGCUACAAGUUCCCUGGCCACUGCUUAUAAGGGAGCAUCAGCAAGCAUAUUAAAAGAUUUGGAGCAACUCUUGCUUGAUAAUUCCCAAGUGGACAAAAGCGAGGUGCGAUUUUGUGCUGUGAGGUGGGCGACAUCAUUGUUUGAUUUGCAGCACUGUCCUAGCCGGUUUCUAUGUAUGGUUGCAGCUGCUGACCCAAAGUUGGAUAUACGGGAAAUGGCAACCCAGGGGUUGUUCCCUGAUGAAGGAAGAUCUAUUAGCCAAAAGAUAGAUCUUAAAUAUCCCAGGGUUAGAGACAUGUUGGAAUGUAUAAUCAAGCACCAACCAAAAGUGUUAGAGUUUGCAGAAAUAGAAACGAGGGAACAUCUCCUUUUUCCCUCCAAGACAUAUGAUGCCAUGAUCAAAUUUCUUUUGAAGUGCUUUGAGUCUGAUAUGUUGCAAGAUGACCCUAAGAAAGCUGAAUUCCUGCCGACUGUGGAAGCUUUGUGCUCGCUUAUUGAACAUGCUAUGGCUGUUGAAGGUUCUGCUGAGUUGCAUGCUAAUGCUUCCAAGGCUUUGAUUGACAUUGCAGCUCACUUUCCAGAGAUGGUGGCAUCGCGCUAUGCCUCAAAACUUAUCUGGUUAAAGAAAUUACUGGGACAUGUAGACUAUGAUACGCGUGAAUCUGCAGCACGUUUGCUUGGUGUAGCUUCUUCAGCGUGUCCUGUGGCCACUUCAUCUUCUCUGAUAAGUGAAUUAAUCACUACUAUUAGUGGACCACAGAAAAUAAGAUUCGAACUGCAGCAUGGGGCAUUGUGUGCAAUAGGGUUUGUCACUGCUGAUUGUGUAUCAAGAAUACCUGAGGUGCCAGAGGCGGUACUUCAGGAUACUCUAAAAAGCCUGGUCAAUAUUGUUAACCUUGAAACUGCAGCAGUGGCUUCCAUUGCAAUGCAAGCACUUGGUCAUAUUGGAUUACGUGUGGCAUUGCCAUCAAUUGUUUAUGAUUCUGGUCCAGCCUCUGUGCUGACCGUUCUGCGGGAGAAGCUGAGCAAACUUCUUGCUGGAGAUGAUACAAAAGCAAUUAAAAAAAUUGCUAUUUCUCUGGGGCAUAUAUGUAUGAAGGAAGUCUCACCUUGUCAUAAUGUUGCUCUAGAACUUAUUUUUGGUCUUUGCCGGUCAAAGGUUGAGGAUGUUCUAUUUGCUGCUGGGGAGGCUCUUGCGUUUUUUUGGGGCGCUGUUCCUGUGAAUGCUGAUGUUAUAUUGAAGACCAACUAUACCUCACUUUCUAUGACUUCAAACUUUCUUCUGGAAGAUGUUUCUUCUUCGUGGUUGAAAAAAAAUUAUAAUGAAGAGAAUGAAUCCAAUAAAGAUGCUCGAGAUAUGGUUAGGGAUUCGAUCACCAAAAAAAUAUUUGAAAAUCUUUUAUACAGCAGCAGGAAAGAGGAGCGUUGUGCUGGGACUGUCUGGUUGCUGUCAUUGACCAUGUUUUGUGGCCGUCAUCAUACAAUUCAGAAAUUGCUUCCUGACAUCCAGGAAGCCUUCUCGCAUCUAUUGGGCGAGCAAAAUGAACUUGUUCAGGAGUUAGCAUCACAAGGAAUGAGUCUUGUUUAUGAACUUGGUGAUGAUUUAAUGAAGAAGAGCUUAGUGAAUGCACUUGUUGGCACUUUGACGGGUUCAGGGAAGAGAAAGAGAGCUGUCAAGCUGGUAGAAGAUUCAGAAGUCUUUCAAGAGGGAACUAUCGGUGAUAGUCCCAGUGGGGGAAAACUGAGCACAUAUAAGGAGCUGUGCAACAUGGCGAACGAGAUGGGCCAGCCAGACCUAAUAUAUAAGUUUAUGGACCUCGCUAAUUAUCAGGCGGCUCUAAAUUCUAAGAGGGGAGCUGCCUUUGGAUUUUCCAGGAUAGCAAAACAUGCUGGGGAUGCUCUUCAACCCCAUCUCCGUUUGUUGAUUCCAAGGCUGGUUCGUUAUCAAUAUGAUCCUGAUAAGAAUGUUCAGGAUGCUAUGGCACACAUAUGGAAGUCACUUGUCGCUGAUUCGAAGAAAACAAUCGAUGAACACUUAGAUCUUAUUCUAGAUGAUUUAUUGAUGCAGUGUGGAUCUAGGCUUUGGCGUUCCCGCGAGUCUUCGUGUCUUGCACUAGCAGAUAUUAUUCAGGGACGCAGGUUUGAACAUAUUGGGAUGCAUCUUAAAAGACUCUGGAUGGCUGCAUUCCGUGCAAUGGAUGAUAUAAAGGAAACUGUUAGGAGUUCCGGUGAUAAGUUAUGUCGUGCUGUCAGUUCUCUCACUAUUAGGCUCUGUGAUGUUUCACUCACUGAUAAAUCUAUAACUAGCCAAGCUAUGGAUAUUGUGCUGCCUCUACUGUUGGCAGAAGGGAUUAUGAGUAAAGUUGAUAGCGUACGCAAGGCAUCUAUUGGAGUGGUUAUGAAGCUUGCAAAGGGUGCAGGAGUCUCUAUCCGUCCGCAUUUGGCAGAUUUAGUGACUUGCAUGCUUGAGAGUUUGUCAAGCCUGGAAGACCAAGGACUCAAUUAUGUUGAGUUGCAUGCGGCAAACAUCGGUGUACAGAAAGAUAAGCUCGAAAAUUUACGGAUUUCAAUUGCAAAAGGUUCUGCAAUGUGGGAAACUCUCGAGCUAUGCAUUGAUGUAGUAGAUCAGCCGUCAUUAGAUCUCUUGGUUCCUCGGCUUGCUCAGUUGGUCAGAUCCGGGGUUGGCCUGAACACUAGGGUUGGUGUAGCAUCUUUUAUUACUUUACUAGUACAAAGAGUCAAUCUCGAGAUUAAACCCUUCACAGGAUCUUUGUUGAGGCUUUUGUUCCCUGCUGUCAUUGAGGAAAGAAGCGGUUCUGCUAAGCGUGCCUUUGCCAGUGCUUUUGCGAUGGCCCUGAAGUAUUCAACUCCUACCCAGGCUCAGCAGUUUAUUGAUGAAGUGGCUGCAUUACAUGCAGGUGAUAGGAAUGCUCAGGUGUCCUGUGCACUUCUGUUAAAAAGCUGCGCGUCCUUAGCUGCUGAUGUUUUGAGUGGUUAUCAUGUGACAAUAUUACCCGUCAUUUUCAUGUCAAGAUUUGAGGACGACAAGCACGUUUCUGGUUUAUUUGAAGAGGUGUGGGAAGAAAAUACUAGUGGCGAUAACGUCACUCUUCAAUUGUAUUUGGGAGAGAUGGUAUCACUUAUUACAGAUAGCAUCUCUUCAUCGUCUUGGAGUUCCAAACGAAAGGCGGCACAGGCAAUUACUAAACUUAGUGAGACAUUGCAUGAAUCGCUUUCCACUUACUGUCAAGUUCUGCUGAGUUCGUUACUGAAGGAGAUUCCUGGCCGACUGUGGGAGGGAAAGGAGGCUCUUCUAAAUGCAUUAGCUUCCCUUUGCACAUCUUGCCACGGUGCAAUUUCUUCUGCUGAUCCAUCAGCUGCUAAUGAUGUCUUAAGUGUGGUUACCACUGCAUGCACAAAGAAGCAGAAGAAAUUUCAAGAAGCAGCUCUAUGUGCUUUAGAUCAGGUUAUCAAGUCUUUCGAUUCACCUGAGUUCUUUAAUGCAGUGUUCCCGUUGCUAUGUGAGAUGUUUGAUCCAGCUGCCGGUGGUAAAUCUACGCAAGAAUCAUCAGGAAGCGCUUCUCUGAAAUUAGGUUCGGAUAAGGAAGAAGAUAAUUAUGUGCCACGUAGUAACAUUUUAGACUGCACUACAUCUUGCAUAAAUGUUGCUCCCAUGAAGGACGUUCUUCAACAAAAGAAAAACUUGAUGUUGUUGUUGUCACACGCCUUGUCACCUGCAUUGCCCUGGACAGUUAAAGUAUCGGCAUUUCUUACCAUUAAGAAGCUCUGUUCAAAGUUAAAAGCUGAUGUAUGUGGCUCCCAAGAAGACCCUUUGCUUGCUGGUGUAAUGGCAUUUAUCCACGAGUUAUUCAUCACUGUAUCUGGCAAAAUUGUGGAUUGUAUUAGCACCGUGAAGAUCGCACAGGUCCAUGUUGCUGCCGCAGAGUGUUUGCUGCAAGUGAUUGAACUCUAUGGAGCUAUUCAACCUACAACUGCCGUAGACAUCGGGUUUAAGGAAAAUGUAGUUCAGUUGUGCGAAACUGAAAAAAACGAACUGGCAAAAUCGUUAUUGAAAAACUGCGUCAUCUUCCUCGAGAACUUGCAAAUAGUCCCAAUGUCCCCAUGUUGAGACAUCUUGAAAUUUUGGAUUGGCACUAAACCAUGAAGGCAUGAAGUGAACCGCUGUAAAACGAAGAUUUAUCGAGAUGGUAAUUGAAUUUUGUACAAAAGGAAAGCGGAAGAACUAGUGCCAAAAUAUGUUUACUUACACAGUUACACUGUCUACUCAUUUUAUGUAAAAGUUCGACAUUUUGGGACACUAAUUGUACGAGUUACAAUUUUGGUUCAACUAUUUGGAUGAAUUAUUACAAUAUAAACUACCCUCUUUUCAUUGUUUUGUCA